AUGACUCGCCAUCAGAAUCCUCGGCAGCAGCAGCAACCACAACACCAGCAGCAUCAGCAUCAGCAACCUCAGCAACAGCAACGGAGACAACAGCAACAGCAGAAGCAGGCGUUCAGGGAUGGCCUGAAGUUUAAAUGUUUAUCUGUUGAAACUGCAUCCACGGUGGCUGAGAGAAGCGAGUCACUCGGAACGGAUUCGGAAGAUGCCGUGCCGUUCCAUAAGCCCAAUAGCGAAGGUCAUGAAACGCUGAUAGAUGGAACUUAG